UUUUAAUCUUAAUCUCUUUCAGUCCCAGCAAAGAUGCAUUGUGAUCUUUGCACUGGUAUGCUGCUUUGCAAUUCUGGUUGCACUGAUAUUUUCGGCAGUGGAUAUUAUGGGAGAAGAUGAGGAUGGACUCUCAGAAAAGAACUGUCAAAAUAACUGUCGGUAAGAGGGUUGCUCUUGUGGAAAAUAUUCCUGAAGGGAUCAACUACUCAGACAGUGCACCAUCCCAUUUGUCUCUUUUCCAAGGCUGGAUGAAUUUGCUUAAUAUGGCUGAAAAGUCUGUUGACAUAGUAUCAUCCCAGUGGGACCUCAAUCACAGUCAUCCAUCAGCAUGCCAGGGUCAGCGUCUUUUUGAAAAAUUACUCGAACUGGCAUCCCGAAAUAUUGAGAUAAAACUAGUGAGUGAUAUACUGCCCAUGGAAUCAAAGGUAUUAAACGACUUGAAAUCAAAGGGUGCUGAAGUGUUGUAUAUGAACAUGUCAGCAUAUAAUGAAGGUCGGCUUCAGUCAUCUUUCUGGAUUGUUGAUAAACAACACGUGUACAUCGGCAGUGCCAGCCUAGACUGGAGAUCGCUGGGACAG